AAAAUGACUGGCAAGAACCUUUGUCAGAUUCUGAAGCUGAAACUGAAGACAGUGACAAUGGUUGGAAGGAGACCAGAGCACCUGAGUCAGGUGUAAAUGCUCUGAAAUAUAAGGAAGCUCCUGUAAGUGAUGCAGGAUGUAAUGCUGGGAAAGAAUCAUUUAGUUGCUUUGAAUGUGGUAAACAAUAUCAACACAAGGGGUCUCUUCAGAGACACAUGGUGUGUCAUUCAGGAAAAAGAUCCUCCAACCGUCUGGUUAAUAAAAAAUGUUUUAGAGUAAAGAAAAAUGUAGAUUCAGAGGUGAGAGUCCACACAGGAGAGAAACCAUUUGGCUGUGAUGUUUGUGGUAAGAAAUUUACACAACGGGGAAAUCUUAAGACACACAUGAGCGUGCACACAGGAGAGAAACCAUUUGGCUGUGAUGUUUGUGGUAAAAGAUUUUACCGGCAAACAAAUCUUAAAGAACACAUGAGAGUUCAUACAGGAGAGAAAUCAUUUGCCUGUGAUGUUUGUGGUAAAAGAUUUAACCAGCGGUCAAAUCUUAAAACACACAUGAGAGUGCACACUGGAGAGAGACCAUUUGGCUGUGAUGUUUGUGGUAAAAGAUUUAACCAGCAGAUACAUCUUAAGGAACACAUGAGAGUUCAUACAGGAGAGAAACCAUUUUGUUGUGAUGUUUGUAGAAAAAGAUUUAACCGGCAGUCACAUCUUAAGGAACACAUGAGAGUUCACACAGGAGAGAAACCAUUUUGCUGUGAUGUUUGUGGUAAAAGAUUUAACCAGCAGUCAAAUCUUAAGACACACAUGAGAGUCCACACAGGAUAGAAAUACAGCAGUUUUUAUUGUCUUUUAGGGUUUUGUUGUAUUUUGUGUUUGGCUUUCUCUUAUUUUAAAAUAUGUAUAAAAAAGUAUUCUGGUUAAAAUGCUGCCUACUAAAGCCAUCUACGUUUAAAAGUUAUUCAAAUAAAGUUUUUCUAUUUAGUUAA